AUGAAGCUCGACUCAGCCGUUGUCCAGCUCCUACGCCUCGAUCCAGAGCACACGAACGUGUCCUCGGCUGGCGGAGGCGGUUGCAGCUCCGCAACUACCUCGAAGAUCACAUCCAAGCUCGGCGAUGGCACAGUGAAGAGCUUCUUCAUGAAGACUGGGAAAGGCGAAGAUGCCGAGACCAUGUUUGAAGGCGAGCACGAGUCGCUCAAAGCUAUCCACGACGCCGUACCCUCACUUUGCCCCCAGUCAUAUGGCCACGGCCGCUUCUCCUCCCAACCCUCGAUCUCGUUCCUCGUGACCGACUUCCUUAACCUCACGUCGCGCUCCGCACCUAAAUCAUCCGCACCCUCAUUGGCGGCGAAGCUCGCGAAGCUCCACACAACGCCCGCACCGGUACCCGACGGCCACGACAAGCCCAUGUUCGGGUUCCCAGUCACAACAUGCUGCGGUGACACGCCUCAGGACAACAGCUUCAAGGAUUCGUGGGCGGACUUCUACGCGAACAACCGGCUGCGCUUCAUCCUACAACGCGCGGAGAAGUCGAACAAUGUAGAUAAGGAACUGCAUACAUUGGUGGAGACGACCGCAUCUAAGGUGGUGCCUCGCUUGCUGAGCGACGACCAGCUAAACAACGGCAAGGGAGUCACGCCGGUGGUCGUGCACGGUGAUCUGUGGAGUGGAAAUGCUAGUGUUGGCACCAUCGGUAGCGACACCGGUGCCCCGGAAGACGUCGUAUACGACUCAAGCGCGUGUUAUGCGCACAACGAGUUCGAGCUAGGCAUAAUGAAGAUGUUUGGCGGAUUUGGUGGCAGCUUCCUGAAAGAGUACCACGACCUGUGUCCAAAGACAGAGCCCGUGGACGAGUACGAAGAUCGCGUGAAGCUGUAUGAGCUGUAUCACCACCUCAACCACUACGCGCUAUUUGGUGGCAGUUAUCGUUCUGGUGUUAUGAGUAUUAUGAAGAGCUUGGUGCGAAAAUACGGAGAGUGA